AAAACACACGUUAAGACACAUAACAACAACACAACACCGCUAUUGUCUUUAGCACCGGAUCCGUUGGCCAUCACCACCACGUGAUAGCGUGUGACCAUCGCUACAGACACUACAUCACCACUUCUACAGUCGACUGUCGAUGAAGACAACGCCCGCUGGUAUGGCGGCCAAGAAGAGAGGGGCUGAGAGACAGCUAACGAUGGAUAACUACGACGACGACGAAGAGGCAGAUGACGGUCAGGAGGAAGAUGUCGGCCCCCGAGUGGCCCCACAAGAGGUGCUGAAACAGCGGCCGAUGGCUAAGGCCAGGCGCCGGUCCGAUUUGAACGUUUCCGGCCCCACCGCUGAUGACGAUAACGAUGGCGAGACUGAGCCCAAGAAGUUGUCGGCGUUUAAGGGCUUUACCGGCUUUAAAGGCUUCAGCGCAAACCCAUUGCAGAGCUCGGCGUUUAAGACACUGUCGUCGACACCGAUCGGCGCCGGCAUCGGCUCGACCUCUACUAUCACCUCAACACCUGUGGCAACGGUUCCGGCGGCGACGGCCACUAGUGGUCAGACAAACGGCGCGGACAACAACAACACCACCGCCGCAGUCGCUAAGAAGCCAACGCUGAUCACCGGCGACGACGAAGACACCGCCGAAGACGUGUACGACCGACAGCUGUCGAAACUGAACAAAUGCUUUGCGGAUCACAUCCAACGAUACCUCCAGAAGUCGUACGCCUAUGACUUCACGCCCGUCUGUCAGGAGUACAUCCAAUACCACAAGAAGAUUGAGUCGGCGGUCACCGGCGCCGCGACGGCGACCACUAAGUUUGUGGCGGACAUUAAACCCAUGACCAAAGCCAGCGUUGGUCUGUUUGGUAGCGCCGCCGGUAAAGACUUGUCCGCUGGAAGUGACUCAAAGCUGUUGACCACCGGUGGCACCGGUUUCGGCGCGCAAACACCCCUAACCUUUGGCCUCACGAAUACACAGCAGUCAUCCCAGUCGAGCACCUGUAGCUCUAUCGGCGCCGGCGGAUCGCUAUCGCAGGCCUCGGCCACCGAUAACACCGUCGGGUUCUCGCUAUUCAAGAAUCCGGGCGCUCAGUCGACGCCAUCGUUCGGCGGCUUUGGCGCCAACAGUAAGCCCUUUGGCAGCGGCGGCACCGGUAGUCUCUUCACUAUGGGUACUGUCGAGAGUCAGUUCGGUAAGAGUUCGGGCGCCGGGAGUCAGUCGUCGGCUACAGACAGCGGCGUUGGCGGCGAAGAGGAGAGCGAAGAGCCGCCCAAAGUGGAGUCCGUUCAGCAUAAGGAGCCCGACUCUGUUUACACCAAAAAGUGUCGGCUAUACUACAAACGCGAAGACAAUUGGGUGGACAAAGGGUUGGGCUAUCUCUACAUAGUUCAGGACCAGAAACCGGGCGCACCGGCGGCCAAACCCCAACUCCUAAUCCGCGCCGACAACACAAUGGGCACAAUCCUAUUGCACAUCGGUUUAGUGGACUCGUUGCCGGUGAUGCGCGCGCCCGGCAAUAAGGGCGCACUGUUGACGUGCGUACCGCACCCGCCGCUCGACCCCAAGGCCGCAGAGGGCUCACAGACGUCGGUCACCUUCUGGAUCAAAGUCGGCCCCAAUAACAGCGAAGAGUCGGCCAACGCUCGGGUGGUGAACGUGUCGUCCAUCGCCCACAUCAGGGGUGCGCUGGACUUCGAGGACAUCCAAUCGGAAAAAUCGUACGACAAGUACCGGGCCUACAGCCAGAGCAAACUGGCCAACGUGCUCUUCACCAGGGAGUUGGCCGUACGCCUGUCGGGCACAAACAUCCGGUGCUACGCUCUGCACCCGGGGCUCAUCAAUACGGACCUACAGCGCCAUUUGACCGGCUGUCUGGCCGUGUUGUUCAGGCUGUGCGCCCAAGUAGUCCAGAUAUCGGCCGAGUUGGGCGCCCAGACCACCCACUACUGCGCCCUCGAGCCCUCCCUGGCCUCCGAAACGGGCCGUUACUAUAAGAACUGUGGCCGAGUGGACAGUAUGGUUGGCAACGCUGCCGACGAUUUGGCCGCUAAGAAGUUGUGGGAAAUCAGUUGCAAAGCCGUCGAUAUUGACGAGAAAUACAAGUAUUGA